AUGGAGAAAAUAUUACUACUCUUUUUGAUAUUUACAAUCACACCAUAUGCUCUUGGAGAUGCUUCUCCUUUUCCCAGUAACUUUCUCUUCGGCACUGCUUCUUCUUCCUACCAGUAUGAAGGUGCUUACUUGAGUGAUGGCAAAGGUUUGAGCGUCUGGGAUGUCUUUACUCACAAAGCAGGUAGUACUUCUGAUGGAAGUAAUGGUGAUGUUACAGUUGAUCAAUACCAUCGGUAUCAGGAGGAUAUAGAUUUAAUGGAAGCUAUCAAAGUCAACAGCUACCGGUUUUCGAUUUCAUGGACACGGAUUCUACCAAAAGGUAGAUUUGGAGAAGUGAACUUGGCUGGUAUCGACUACUAUAAUAGGCUUAUUGAUGCUUUGUUACUUAAAGGGAUCCAACCGUUUGUUACAUUGUUUCACUUGGAUUUACCUCAAGAACUUGAGGAUAGAUAUGGAGGUUGGCUAAGUCCCCAAUCACAGGAAGAUUUUGUGUUAUUUGCAGAGAUAUGUUUUAAAUCCUUUGGCGAUAGAGUUAAGUACUGGGUCACAUUCAAUGAGCCAAAUUAUCAUGUUUCACUUAGUUACCGUAAAGGUAAACUCCCGCCAUGUCACUGUUCUGGAAAAUUCGGAAAUUGUAGCGAGGGAGAUUCAGAGAAGGAGCCCUUUGUGGCAGCCCAUAAUAUUAUUCUGUCACAUGCAACUGCAGUUCAUAUUUAUAGAAACAAAUAUCAGACCGAGCAAGGCGGAGAAAUUGGCAUCAUCGUACACUCUGACUGGUUUGAGCCGUUAAGUGAUUCAGUAGCAGAUCAAUUAGCUGCUGAAAGAGCACAAUCAUUUAGCAUAAACUGGAUCUUGGAUCCAAUCUUAUUUGGUAAGUACCCAAAAGAGAUGGAGACUAUUCUAGGAAGCAUAUUACCCGAAUUUUCCGCUGUUGACAUAGAAAACCUGAAUCAAGGACUCGAUUUCAUUGGCAUCAAUCAUUAUGCAAGUUACUAUGUCAAAGACUGUAUAUCAUCAGUGUGCGAGUCUGGGACAGGAACCUCCACAACAGAGGGUUUAUUCCUACAAACUGCACAAAAAGACGGUGUACCAAUUGGAGAGCUUACACCGUUUGAUUGGCUCAAUGUUUACCCACAAGGCAUGAGGAAAACUGUUAACUACAUAAAAGAUAGAUUCAAUAACACUCCAAUGUUCAUUACUGAGAACGGAUAUGGGAAUUUGUAUGAUCCAAAUAACACCAAAGAAGAAUAUCUUAAUGAUGUUAAGAGAGUAAACUACAUGUCUCGCCACUUAGAUAAUCUAGUGACAUCAUUGAGGGAAGGAGCAGAUGUGAGAGGUUACUUUGUGUGGUCAUUGCUCGACGAUUUUGAGUGGACAUAUGGAUUUUCAGUGAAAUUUGGACUUUAUCAUGUUGAUUUUACCACACAGAAGAGAACUCCAAAGUUGUCUGCUAGCUGGUACAAACAUUUCAUUGCUAUGCAUAAAACUGAGAGCAUUAGUCCCGAACGCGACACAGAGAUGAGAUACUCGAACAAACUGCUUAGAACGGGGUAG